CGGCGGGUGACUUUCACCCGGUCCUGGCUUCUCAGUGCUCGAUCUGCGCGCGCGCCUUGUUUGUCCUCGUGGACGCGACACUCAUCCAUCCAUUCACUCCGGAGCGACCUCAAUCAAGCCAGGACCGACUAACUUCCUGGAGACACGCAAAGAGCGGGACAUGUUCAGCUCUCAUCGGCAGUUUAGCCCCCAGCAGCGCCGGGUGGGCAUGAUCGUCGCGACUGUACCCCUCAUGUGCGGGACGGGUUUCGUGCUGUACAAGCGCCUCGUUCUGGGUCAACCACAACGCUUGGUGGAACCGGGGAAACCAGGUCCCCGCCCCGAGGACGCGUUCCAUCUUCCUCCGCGAUCGAACAAGCCGUAACGGGAGAGGUGGGCGAUAUAUGCGUUCCGCACGAAGCUCAUGCAUUGCCAACUUGCACUAGAGGUCUUCCAUAGCAGUACCGCAGCGGGGACAUGGGGAUGUGGUCUAUAUGCGAUUACUUGGUCUCCGGGGCUGCUACAGGUUGGACACGGGUGCCCGGUAUUCUGGU